AUGGUGGACGCGGUAAGCAACAAACGUAAGCGAGAUACAAGUCACGAGCGCAAGCCUGCACUACACAGGGAGCGUCAUGCUAAAGUGCGUCAAGAGCAUAUGGAGCAUGAGUUUGCAGAGACGUACCACGGACUUACGGCACUCUACAAACUGCUAGAGGUUAAGCACCUGCAAAGUCCAUUGUUCUUGCCGCGAACGCUCAGCUAUCGUCUAAAUCUAGCCUUGCAGAAAAGUAAAAGUAGAGAUGAGGAGGACCUGAAUCUGGUCAAGAGGGCCCAUGCUGGUGCGACUUUGAAAAAUAUUAAGUUUGGUAUGACAUCUGAAACAUUGCAGACAUUUAAGAGCCAAAAGCUACGUCCAGGAGUUGUGGUAUCACUCUAUAAAGCCAAGGGCAAGGCAUUUGCCGAUAAUCAGUUCACGUUACUGGCCACGUGCUUGAUCCCUGUGCCGUGCUCGAAGGAUGUAAUUCUGCCUAAAAAGUUUGUGCACCUUGAUGCGGACAUUUGCAUCGCAGUUUUUCAUGUGAUCGAGAUCAAGUUAGCCGAUGCAGAAAAUGCUGCUCAAUCCGUUCCUGUAUUUGAAGCGCCAAAAGUGGCGACUAUCGCGAGUGGGAAGGAUCUCAUGGCGACAUGUUCUAACGGCUGUAAGCCUUUGUUUGGCAAUAUUUUGCGUCUUAAUGUCUCGCGUCGUCGUACAGGAUAUGUUACGAUAGAAUUGCCGGCAAUACCGCUCUCAGUGAAUGGCGGAGUGAAGUGCGAGCUUCAAAUUAUUUGGGAUCCUCUACCUAAGACAAAAAAAAUGCGGCAUCUCGCUAGCAUCUGCAACUCAAAUCUGGAAAAUGAGAGCGAGGAUAAACAAAUUGAUGAAAAUUUUAAAUUAGCGCUUCCUCGAAGAAAAGUUGCCUCCACAUAUCACAAGCCAGGAUCUGGGGUUUGGUUUCAUUUCCUUUACCAUGCAAUGCUACGAAGAAUGAGUGAGAAGCGCUCCGACUAUUCGUGCGCGUGGUGCAACAUGUUUGCUGGAUCAUUGCGUGGUCUUGUCGCCCACUUAGUUUCGUCUCACGACCGAUUUCGUUUUCAAGCUACAGUUGGACAUGAUCACAUUCCGCACAUUUAUGUGAUGGUAAUGCAAGAGCCUCAACCGCAAAAGGGUAACUCUUCUCGUCGCUCUGCAUUUUAUGAGCUUGAGAUGUUUCCUAGUGAGAAAUCAAGCCGCUUUGAGCACCAAUAUAUUCACAUGUCAAGAAAAAAGUAUAGUCCCUACGGGAUACAAGCAGUAGAGGCCGUUGAAGAUUUGAUGCAAGAAUUUGAGGAUAUUGAUGAGCUCUCACUAGAACAGCCUCAAGAAUUUUAUGCACCCCUUCUUCAACGUCAAUACUUUCACUCCCGAACCGGAGCUGUUGUACUAGACCACGAAAAAGACUAUGACAGCGAUGACGAUGUUGACGAGACAUGGAUCACGAAACAGAGCGAGCGGUUACUGGACGAAUUUGAGGAUGUAUCGCUGGAAGAGAAGGAGUUCAUGAAGAAAUGGAACCGUCAUGUGAAAGAGUUUAAAAUUUUGGCUGACUUCAUGGUCGCAUCUUCGUGCCGCAUGUUUGCUCGAAAACACGGAAAAUGGCUCCUGGAACACGGACUGCGCCACAACUUCUUACUUCACUUACUGAACUUAUGGGACAACUCGUUGUUAAACUCUCGCGCUAUCAUCGAUUGUAUGCUUAUUGUCGACCAAAACGUAGGUCCUGAUGUGGCGUCUGAAAAUGGACAAAAGGCUGUAAGCCAAUCGGAAGGCGAGUCUCUACCCUUAUCCGAGAAUUUAAAAGCGAAAACUGCUCAGUAA